CCCCAGGGACCCGCCCCUGCCCCCGGCCCUGACUCUGUGACUCUCUCCCCAGUGGACGUGACGCUGGAUCCAGACACGGCAAAUCCCUGGCUCGUCCUGUCUGAGGAUCGGAAAAGCGUGAGAGAUGGAGACAUAUUCCAGGAUCUGCCCGACACCCCCGAGAGAUUUGAUUAUUGUCCCUGUGUGCUGGGCGCCGAGGGGUUCGUGGGCGGGAGGCAUUACUGGGAGGUGGGGGUGGGGGACAAGCCUGCCUGGGACCUGGGGGUUUGCAGGGAAUCUGUGAGCAGGAAGGGGGAGCUCACAUACACACCUGAGAACGGAUACUGGGUCGUGUGGCGGAAGGACAGGGACUACAAGGCCUUUACCUCCCGCCCGACCCUCCUCUCCGUGAGCACCAGGCCCAGCCGGGUGGGGGUUUUCCUGGACUACGAGGCGGGCGAGGUCUCGUUUUACAAUGUGACUGACAGGUCCCAUCUCUUCACCUUCACCGGCACCUUCUCCGGGACGCUGCGCCCUUUCUUCAGUCCCGGUCUCGACGCCGGGGGCACCAACGCGGCUCCCCUGACCAUCUGCCCGGCCCCAGCCCAGGCCAAGGGGAUCCUGGCAUAGCCAGUGAGGAGAGAGGAGCUCAGCAGGGAGAGGAGAGCGAUUUGCGCCGCAGGGAGGGAUGAGGAGAUACGUCUCUGCUCCAUUGAGGCUGGGAAUACGCCAAACGGUUCCUGCUGGCCCAGCCCUGCCCAGACUGGCUGGCAGCUCCGCCCUCAUCUGCACUCCCAGGAAAAUCAAGGCUCCGGAGUUUGAUUUUCCGGCAUGCUAUUGAGCAGGUCUAGCAAGCACCAACUCAAUCGCACACUGAGGGCGCC